AUGAGGCUAACACGGGCCAGCUUCUUCCUGCAGGCUUACCUGACAUUGGCGUCCGCCAUGUAUUUUGAUCUGGGCGAACAGGAGGAACGAUGCAUCAUUCAGGAGAUUCCCGAGGACAUGUUGGUGACGGGAUAUUUCCUGUUGCAGCCCUGGGACUUGGAGUCGUCCACCCACUCGCCUCAACUCGGCGUCACUGUGACAGUCAGAGACCCCGACCAUGAGGUUUUGAUGAGCAAACGCUACGGCAUCUUUGCCAAGUUCACCUUCACAGCGCACGCGUCUGGUCCGCACUUCCUCUGCUUCCAAUCCAACUCCACCAGAUUCUCCGUCUUUGCCGGAGAACGUCUGAAGUUACAUUUGGACGUUCAGAUCGGAGACCACGCCGUGAAUCCCAAAGGUGACGCCGCCAAAGACAAACUGAAGACGUUGGAAUACAGCCUGCAACAUCUCAUUGACCAGAUGGUGUACAUCACCAAGCAGCAGGAUUAUCAAAGAGAAAAGGAAGAGACCUUCCGUCAGAUCAGCGAAGAAACAAACAGUACCGUGCUGUGGUGGGCCGUGGUGCAGACCUUCCUCCUGAUCUCGGUCGGUUUCUGGCAGAUGAAGCGGCUCAAGGAUUUCUUCAUCGCCAAGAAGCUCGUCUGAUUGCCGCUUGUCGAUGAUGGGGAAAGUAACAUAUUGUCAUUUACUUGUACAUUACUGCUAUGCUUAUUACUUCCAGCUAAGAACAAGGCUUUCCAACCUACAGUUAAUUGUAGUUUAUUUCUUCCCCAGGACCUUCAAUUUAUAAGUAAUAUUUUUAUAUUGACAUACACUGUACAUAAAUGAAUGAUAACAAAAAAGCAGAAAUGAAAUGACCCACUUGGAAUGCCGAAGCUCAGUUUGUGAAAACCCGCCAUGGAAUAAUAAAGUCACGAAGUUAUUAACAUGCAAUCUUUAUGGCUUUAAAUGAGACAUUAUAGAUCUUAUCACAAAUUG